CAUUAAACUGAAAAAAAGAUGUCCCUGUACGAUGACCUGGGAGUGGAGACCAGUGACUCGAAAACAGAAGGCUGGUCCAAAAACUUCAAACUCCUGCAGUCUCAGCUCCAGGUGAAGAAGGCGGCUCUCACGCAAGCCAAGAGCCAAAGGACAAAGCAAAGUACAGUUCUUGCCCCAGUCAUUGACCUAAAGCGAGGCGGCUCCUCAGACGACCGGCAGAUUGUGGACACACCACCGCAUGUCGCCGCUGGGCUGAAGGAUCCUGUUCCCAGUGGGUUUUCUGCAGGGGAAGUUCUGAUUCCUUUAGCUGACGAAUAUGAUCCUAUGUUUCCUAACGAUUAUGAGAAAGUAGUGAAGCGCCAAAGAGAGGAACGACAGAGACAGCGGGAGCUGGAAAGACAAAAGGAAAUAGAAGAAAGGGAAAAGAGGCGUAAGGACAGACACGAAGGCAGUGGGUUUUCAAGACGACCAGAUCCAGAUUCUGACGAAGAUGAAGAUUAUGAGCGAGAGAGGAGGAAAAGAAGUAUGGGCGGAGCUGCCAUCGCCCCACCUACUUCUCUGGUGGAGAAAGAUAAAGAGUUACCUCGAGACUUCCCCUAUGAAGAGGACUCAAGACCUCGAUCACAGUCUUCCAAAGCUGCUAUUCCUCCCCCAUCAUACGAGGAACAGGACAGACCGAGAUCUCCAACUGGGCCUAGCAACUCCUUCCUCGCUAACAUGGGGGGCACGGUGGCACAUAAGAUCAUGCAGAAGUACGGCUUCCGGGAGGGCCAGGGCCUGGGGAAGCACGAGCAGGGCCUGAGCACCGCCCUGUCAGUGGAGAAGACCAGCAAGCGUGGUGGCAAGAUCAUUGUAGGUGACGCGACGGAGAAAGGUGACUCCCCAGGGAAGUGCGAUGCAACUAAGAAGUCGGAUUCAAAUCCAUUAACUGAAAUACUUAAGUGUCCUACUAAAGUGGUCCUAUUGAGGAACAUGGUUGGUGCAGGAGAGGUGGAUGAAGACUUGGAAGUUGAAACCAAGGAAGAAUGUGAAAAAUAUGGCAAAGUUGGAAAAUGUGUGAUAUUUGAAAUCCCUGGGGCCCCAGAUGAUGAAGCAGUGCGGAUAUUUUUAGAAUUUGAGAGAGUAGACUCAGCGAUUAAAGCUGUUGUUGAUCUGAAUGGGAGGUAUUUUGGUGGACGGGUGGUAAAAGCAUGUUUCUACAAUUUGGAUAAAUUCAGGGUCUUGGAUUUGGCGGAACAAGUUUGAUUUUAAGAACUAGAGCACGAGUCAUCUCCAGUGAUCCUUAAAUGAGCUGCAGGCUGAGCGAAGGCGGAGAGAGACCACAGCCUCCGUGGCUGCUGGAUACUGAGACUCUUGGAGGGACUUCUAAGAUAUAUGUUGAUGGGACCCUUUUUUAUUUUGUGGUUUUUUAAUAUAGUGUAAAAAUCCUUUAAAAAAAAAAAAACAAAAACCAACAAUCUGUGUGCCUCUGGUUGUUUCUCUGUUUAAUACCACUCUGAGUUGGUUGUCUUUUUGCUAGGAUUUCAUGGUAAUUCUCAAGUGCUUCAAUGAUGCAGCAUUUCUUGCACUAAAAAAAAAGUCUAGGAAAUUUUGGGACAUGGGGUUGUCUUAAAUUAUCCUUUGUUUUUCUUCCCCCCCCCCCUUUAAUAAAGCCUCCAAGUCAUGAAGCUGUAGUUUCAUAAAUUCUGUAAUAAAGAAUCAUCUUGGCGGUGUGCCAGAGGUGAGCACGGCUGCUUUCUCUAACAGAGAAAUUCUUCUUAGUGACUCCAGUCAUAGAAAACACUCUUCACAGCCUGAACUGAGAUUGGAGGACUGUGAGCGUACAUGACCUGUUCGGGUGAAUCAUUUGCCAUUAAGCCAGAUGGCAGAUGGGUUGUGAUGGAUUUAUGGAGUAUGUGGGAAUAGAAACCAUGCAUGAAUCUAGCAUUUGUUUUCAGAGAGUGAAGCAUAGUCUUUAUGGUAGAUCAGAAAUGACAGGUUAAUUCAGAACCUAGCCAGGUGCAUUGUAAUGUGUGGCCGAUUAUGUUUUGGAAAUGGCAGUUCCUUAGGGCCAUGUUGCUAUGGGCAAAAUUUGUGAUAGUGUUAGUUCUCCUGUAUGUAAUUUUAAAAUUUAUGAGAUUUCGUCUACGUCAGCCACUUAAACUGUACUGCCAAUCAGUAUAAUUCUGGACUGUGAGAAAUUGUACCAUUGAAGUGCAGUAGUAUGUGUGGCUUAACAAUUUAGCAGAACCAUAAAAAAGAAUCCAUAAAAAUAUUUGGUACUGAGGUUCAUUGCCGGGGCAGGAGGUAGUUUAAGAAAAUACUUAUGCCUGCGUUCUGUUCCUUGCGUUCCCAAAUCCUGCGUGUGACUUUUUGAAGUGGCAACACAAGCCUGUGUUGUGUCUUUUGAUUAUUACAACAGAAAGCAUAUGAAGAAUUCAACAUUUCUUUGCAUCCAUGGACUUAGUUUGGAGACAUAAGAAAUAUUCUGACCCUUUUUAAAAAAGGAUUUUCUCAUGUUUUUAUUUAACAUAAAUAAAAGAAUAACAUUUUA